AUGUAUUCCCUAAAACCGGUGAUGAGCCCGAACGUCGUGUGCGAGGUUCCUUCCUGCAUGUACACCCUGAAGCCGGUCUGUACGGCUGCAUUCGAUCCGAAAGCGUUCACCAAUAACAAGAUUGGAGGUGCCGGAGUUACCGUCGAUCCGAUGUCGAUCGAAAUUGAUAAUUUACUGCAAAAGGCAGAGAACGACGAGCUGAGAAUGUUGGCAGAAAGACAGCAACGUGUCUUGCAGCAGCUAGCGGAACUGAAGAAUGAGAUAUUAUCAUUGCGCACCGAACUGAAACUAAACGCUAAAUCACCUGCACAACCGUCCACUUCGCUCAAGUCUGAAGCUGAAUUGAAGGCAGAGCCCAUUAAUCUCACCUAUCUGCAGGAUUUCGUGGUAAAUGCUAGUCCCGAAUACGUUCCCUACAGCUUGCUGGCGCUCAAGAAUUUGUGGAAGAAUAGGCUUAAUUUGCAUGUGGAAUGCUUCACCCAUUCUACUGUACCAAAGUUGAGUGACGAAGCGCUAACUUUCCAAAGUGCUAUUACAAACAGCGAAUCGACGGCAUCCAACCUUCCGCAGAUCAAAGUGACGUUAAUUUGGAAGAACGUUGGAGCGUACACGGAAAUGAUUACAUCACCCACGUCCUACGUACCGAUUUGUGGUGAGGUGAACAUCCUUCGCUACCUGUCACGCUGUGGUCCGAGCGAGUUCAACUAUGAACAGCAGGACAACGUGGAUGAGGUUGACUCCAUCCUGGAUUCGUGCUAUCUGCUGCUCAACAAGCAAAACAUUAAGCAGCGUCAACAGAUCCUACGAACGCUUGGUUCCAAGCUGGGCAAAGCUGCCGGAUUUGGUGGUGGAGAGCUGUCCCUGUGCGACAUUGCGUUUACCAGCGCAGUUAAACAGGUGCAGCGCACGAUUGCGAAAGAUAUCAACCCGAACAUGGCAAAAUGUAUGGGACGAGUCGCGACUGUGGUGGGUCUGUAA